AUGACCAAUCAGACUUUCGUGACUGCAAGGAGUCGCGUUCACAGGCUGCUCCGCAAGGGCAAUUACGCCCAGCGGGUCGGCGCUGGAGCACCCGUCUACCUGGCCGCCGUGCUCGAGUACCUUUCUGCCGAGAUCCUCGAGCUGGCUGGCAAUGCCGCCCGUGACAACAAGAAGACGAGGAUCAUCCCCCGACACCUGCAGCUCGCCGUGCGAAACGACGAGGAGCUCAACAAGCUCAUGGGCGGCGUGACUAUCGCCCAGGGCGGUGUGCUGCCCAACAUCCAGGCCGUGCUGCUGCCCAAGAAGACCUCUCAGGCAAAGAAGUGAACGCGCCGCCGCCUCUACCACCACAACAACGGCUCUUUUCAGAGCCACCCACUUGCUUGCAAAGAGCUCGGACAGUCGUACACAGGGGUUUUGUUAUACUGGUAGGAACGAA